GGGAGGGAGGGGUGGCCUCCCCAGGGCUGGAGGGGGAGAGGGGCCGGCGUGGAGGGCCCCCCAGGUCUUGAGGGAGGGAGGGAGGCCACCCUAGGGAUGGAGGGGAUGUAAACACAAGCAGCUCCCUGGACCAUGUGGACACAAGACAACACUCCCGAAAUAAUGCUGGAAGCAGAAACCAUUCAAGAUGAAAACAAAUUUGAGGAAAACGUUAAAAAGAAAAGAUCAAGGCGGAGGAGACGAGGAAGGAACCCGGCAGAAGAUUCUACAUCUGGACCCAGCACUCUUCAGCCCACUGCUACAGAUGUGAAGAGUGAAUUACCCUUACAAAAUGAAGAAGAAAACAAAUUAGAAGGACAUGUUAAAAAGAAAAGAUCGAGGAGGAGGAGAAGAGGAAAGUACCCGACAGAGGAUUCUACAACACCAGGACCCGCUCAAGAUCAAAGUAUCAUUAGCGUUGAGGGAAAUAAAGAUGGUUGCUUGACUGAGAUAUCUGCGUCAAGUAACACUGAUGGCAUUAGUGCAGUGAGUUCUGCAAUAAAUACUAAUGAUGAAAACAGUAUAGUGAAGUCUAGUAACACCGAAAAGAAAAAGAGAAGAAGGAAUAGAAGGAAAAGACCUAUGAGCUCUCAGGGCGGAGGAGAUAAUGAGUUGGCACUUGAGAAUGUAGGAAGUUCACAAUUGGUUAAUGAAGGCAACUUAAAUGUUGAAGGUAUUGGCAAUGGUAAAAUUGAGGUAAAAGAUUUUGAUGACAUAGAUGGAAAUAGUGGAGCAGGCUGUGCUUCAGUAGCUACUGAUGCAGGAGAACAAAGUUUAGUUAUGUCUAGUAGCACAGAAAGGAAAAAAAGGAGGAGGAGGAAUAAAAGAAGAAGGGCUUCAGCUUCCCAGGGCAAUGGAGAAGUUGAAACACAAUCUACAAAUGAUGUUAAUUCAAAUAUGACUAAUUUGGAUGGUGUGAAUGCUACACAUGAUACCAGUUUGAAUAUCAAUAAUUUUGAUGGUAUACAGUCGAUAAAUGUCGUAAAUUCCACAAUGAUUAAUAUGGAUGGUAUGCAGAAUGUAGGUGCAAUUAAUAGUGAAUGUAACUUAAAUGUGAGCACUGCGGAUGGUAUGGAAGUGCAGGAGAGGAGACGGGCCAAGAGGAGGAACAGAAAGCGCAAUAAAAAAAGAGCAUCCACUACUGAAGGUGAUGAUGUUGCUCAGAUGUCAGAGACGGUAGCCAGUAUUGAGCCUACUAUUGUCAGUGAUCAACCUGCAAAAAAAAGGAGAAGAAAGAGAAAGAGAAAUAAUUCAGUGCCUGUGGAUAUGGCAGAAGCCGCAAAUGUCACAAACGAAGAAAAUGCAGAAAUUAGUGAUGGUAAUAUGAAGAAAAUAAAACUAUCUCCAAAUGAUGAUGUAUUACCCACUGAGGAAAAUAUUGGAGGAUCUGUUUCAAGUCAGCAAAAGAAAAACAAAAGAAAUAGGAAUAGAAGGAGAAGAGCCAAAAAGGAUUUUAAAGAUAAACAAGAUAAUAAUGCAGAGUCGAUUAUUGACUCGCAGGAAAAUGGAGAUGGAAUUCUUAAGGCUGCUGACAGUGAUCUAAAAGAUGGAGAAGAAACUAGUGGUAAGUUUAAUACUGAGGGGGAUAUGGAUGAUACUAAAGAUGAAUGUUGUACCACUCAACCUUUGCAGCAGGCUAAUAAUAACCAGACAAAUAAAAGGAAGAGAAAAAGAAACAGAAGGAGAAAGGGGAAGCAGAGUGUGGUGGAGAGUGAGAGUGAUGCACAGACACCAGGUGUAACACACACGGGCGAGACUCCACACAAUGGUACAGAGUCGGCUCACCUCUCGGAGGAGGGUAUUUCCCGAGUAUUUGAUGAAGAGUUUGAUAGUCCAGCUGUUAAGAAAAUGAGGAAAGAUGACCAGAUAAGCACAAGCAUUAUAAAUGGAAGUGCGGCCCCUGCUACUGUGGAACUUGCAGCAGUGUAUGCCGAUGAAGAAUAUAAAAAUAAAAUAAAGAAACAUUGGAGUGAAGGCAAAGGACAGUUUUGUGAAGAUACAGGCUUGGAGGUUAUAAAGGAGCCUUUUACAUGCUGUUAUCUUCCAAACUUCCUGAAAAAUGAGGAUUGUCUUAAGGGGGUUGUAGAGGAGCUACAGGACAUGCAGUUUAUAAUGAAGAGCAACGAUCUUUACAAGUUUUCACAGACCUGCGAUUUAAAGAAAGCUCUCACUCCACACAUUACAGGACUUAAAAAUUUCUUGUAUGGUGACUUUCGAAAUUGGCUGAUAGAUAUGACUGGCAUUCCUCUGACUGAUACUGUUGACAUGAGCUGUUCUAGAUAUAUGUAUACAGAUGUACUUUUGUGCCAUGAUGAUGAGCUAGAUAGUCGGCGAAUUGCUUAUAUACUGUACCUGGUGCCGCCAUGGGAGGAGCAGGAUGGUGGUUCAUUAGACCUUUUUAAUACUGAUGAGCACAAACAGCCUAAAGAUGUUGUCAGGUCUCUGCAGCCAAAAUGGAAUGGUUUUGCUUUCUUCGAGGUGUCCCCGGUAUCAUUUCACCAGGUAGCAGAAGUGCUGACCCAAGAAAAGGUUCGCCUCUCCAUUAAUGGGUGGUUUCACGGGCCACCAGUUGAACGACCAGCAAAAUACAUUGCCCCUCGGCCACUUUUGGAAGCUCCAGUUCACAUUGAGGAAAUGUCCCCAAUACCAGCUGUUGCCGAGCACCAGGAGUUGGAUUUACGUGGUGGGUCUGAAGCACUUCACAUGGCCAGCAGUUCACUAUCUGGUCAGCACUGUGCUCGCUACUUUUGGAAGGUGGUGUCUCGUGUCAAGAUUCCUCCGCUGUUCUUUUGUGUGUUUCCGACAAUAAUUGUGAGCUCAGAUUUGAGCGAAUUGUGUUUUAAAGAACAGAUUUAUAUUUUAUCCCAGAGCAGAAAUCUCCAUUCUCUUAUGACUUGGAAAUUAAAGAUGUGCAAUUCUUUAUUGCAGGUUCUCACGCUUGAUCAGGUACCUGACAUAAUUGUUGACUGUCUAAAGUUCUUGAAGUCUGAGGCUCUCUUCUUAAUAGUGUCACAGCUGACAGGACUCACCUUUCACAAACUUGCUCCUUCAGAUUCUGAGCCUGAAUCAAAUGUGGAAGAUGCUAAAGAAUCUUGUCCGCGGGUAAGCAUUGAUGUACAAAGAUGGAGCCAUGGAUGUUACACACUCCUCCGAGAUGACUUGGAAAACAAGUGCGCUCUUGAUGCUAACCUGUUCGUCAAUGUGUCUAGCCAGUGGUCCCAGCAGCACGGAGGCUUUAUAUCAUAUAUUGCCAAGAAUGUGGAUGAAGAGCUGCUGACUGUGAUGCCACAACCCAACCGAUUUGCUCUAGUGUAUCGAGAUGUUGAAACUGCGUGUUUCACCAAACACAUUAACACUAGUGUAUGUCAGCUGGGAGAGAGAGACAGCACCUACAACAACUUUGCUUGUGUCUUUUAUGAAUGAUGAGUUUUGUAUUUUAGGACCAAAUGUUUCUUCUUGUAUGUUGAAAUUUUCACACGUGAACAUUUGUGUAAUGUUUUAUAAUUGCUCUGUUGUAUAUUCCACUCUUAUUUAAUACGUAAAUAAUUUGCCGUGAUUUGAAUUAUGGCAGUAAAUUUAAUAUUAUCAGUAACGUUUAGUUACACUGUGAGUACUUUUAAUGUCUGGCCAUAAGAAGACUGCAUAUAGCAGCUAGUUUGUAUUCACCUCUGUCAAACUUUUGAAAGAAGCACUUUGGGCAUUUUAUUGUUAGUGUGACUAAACAAACUUUGUUGUGUGGCUGGAGUUCAUGUUCAUAAGCAUUCAGAAAUGCUGUGUAUUUAUCUAAAUAAAAACUAAAACUGUACUCUGAAAUAGACCGUGUCAGGAACUGAUACAAGAUAUAAUACUGUGCAAUUGAUGCUAAAAUUUAAGUGACUUUGAGAAAUAUAAUAAAUUAAUUAAUCCAGCCUGGUCAAGGGAA